CUCCUGUCACUUUGCGCAACGACAAUUAGCGCAGUACAAAUCAACACUUGUGGGAGUAGGAGCCCAGCUUAUUUGUCGACUGCUACACUGUAUACAAGAAGUGGCAGAAAUGAAUCUUCCAGUGAUAGAAUAUCGAUGAUAAGAAUUAAAUAACAUAAUGGACAAGCAUAAGUUCAAAACACCUAUAAGGCCAACUUCAAGAACAAAACAAGGGGCACGAUAUAAAAACUUUCGAUUCCACCAGAUGUCAUCCACUGAUCUCUUAUCUGUGUGUGAGCAGAAGACACCUGAAGCUUCUGAUACCGAGAUCAACCUAUACUGCACAGAAUCAGACUUGUCAUUAGAAGAUAUCUGGGAUGAACUGUCAAGUCCAAAGACAAAAGAAUCGACAACAACUACACAAACGACCACACAGGAAAUCCGUACAAGAACUUCAAGAAAUGUUCCUCCAAAUUCCCCUGUUUAUCCAAUUACUACACAUGAGGGUAGUGAAAAUCCCUUUAUAAACUGCUUGUUGAAGAUUUGGAGUGAACAGAGAUUCAAUUCACCUCAAGUUGACAUAGAAAGUGAUGCAGCCACAUCUCAACAUGAAGGUGAUGGAGCACAAAGUCGAGAGGCAAACCCAGCUCUUGUCUUUCAGGAUUUAGUUGUUGAACAAUCUGUUGCUGAAAGUGUAGAACAGGUCAAUAGACAACAGAUGGGUAUUGAUCAUGUUGUUCCAGCUUUUGAGGAGAAUCAGUCAUAUUUUGAGCAAUCUGAAGACAACAGUGAAAGGGUACUUGCUUCUUGUGCCCCAGAAGACCAUCUUGUGCCUGUGUUUAUUGAAGAGUGAUCACUACAUCGUGAUUCUGCUACAAUUCUCUUUAACUUUCAAAAAAGAAAUAGAGAAAGUUUGUUAUAUGUGUGGAAAAAAAUAGUACACUCAAUUCUUUAGUCUUCAGAAUGGUCAACAAUACAAAGUAAAUAUGUAUUUCAUGGUCUUAAAUCAGUCUGAAACUUAAUAUAUGAUUUAAACAUAUAUGCCUACAGAGCAUUUUAUUUAACAUUGUGACAGUAUCUAAACCAUAACACUGACUUGGCCUAAUAUGUGUUGUUGUUUUUAUCAGAAGUUUGUAUUGUAGCAGUUGUCCUGGUGUCAUAUUUUGAUACUAUCUUGAACUUAGUUGAAGAUGUGCAUAAUUGAAAUGUGUUUAAAUGUUGUUGCCAAGUUAAUUUUUAACCAAGUUACAUAAUUUAUUGCCACUUAUAUAUUUAUUGAUAUUGUUGAGGUGCCAGUACCAGUAUUUAUUGUCUGCCAUUUUGCAUAUUUGAGAUACACUUGACAUUUCCUGCCAAUCUUUGCAAUAACUUAUAAUAAUUCAUGUUGAGUGAAAACAAUUGUUUAUGUUACUAGUAUUACCCUGUUGUUGUUUUUUCAUGAUGUAAUAUUUAUCAUUUAAUGCCAAUCAUACAUUCAAAUCACAGGCAGUUGUGUUUUUUUUUUUGUUACAAGCAAAUGUAGGCAUGCAUGUUACUCCUAUGCAGAAACCCUAUAGUCAUAUUGUUGCCAUUAAAGUAUUUACCAAGUUGGA